CACAUGGUCAUAUUUCCUAAAACCAAAAAUAUGGAACGUAAACAGAAAUUCUGCAGGCGUUCGAACUUGUCAAGUAGUUAUUAUAGCAUGCACCUCUAUAUCAUUCAUAUUAGAGGUGCAUAUGUCCGCCUAAUCGAGAAUAGGAAACAGAAGAGGUUGCGCUAACGUCUCAGAGCAUUAGAUGCGGCGUAAAGUUUACGGCUUAUUUCCUUUACGUGAUGAUCCCAGGAUAACGUUUGGUCGAAGAAGAUACCAAAUACCAGGGAACUGAGCCAAUUUGACCCUUUAAAUAAAUAAAGGGCUUCAGAUGAUAAUAACUUAAUUCUUGGCAGGAUUAAUUCUAAAACCAAAGUCUUUACUCCAGUUGGCUAUAUUAUGAAAAUCAUCAUUCAGCGCCUGUACGCAGUACGCACAGUAUACUAGAUAACCUGGUGUCCUACGCCUGCUGGAAAGAGGACUGUUUCGCCGAGUACAAUAUUGAAACGAGAACAGAAAUGGCUACGCAUGCUUAACAACUGGGAGGCUUUUAUGAGCAAAAAUUACAAGAAAGUGCGAGAGAGGUGUCGGAAAGGUAUUCCGGCCUCAGUCCGCCCUAAAGCCUGGCUGUACCUGUGCGGAGGUCAGUUACUGCUGGAAAAACAUCCGAACGAAUACGAGGAACUCCUCCAGGCGCCUGGGGACCCCAAGUGCAUGGAGGAUAUCAGGAAAGACCUGCACCGACAAUUCCCCUACCACGAGAUGUUUAUCCGGGAAGAGGGCCAUGGUCAGCAAGAGUUAUUUUCGGUACUGAAGGCGUAUUCAGUAUUAAAUCCUAAAGUGGGCUACUUCCAAGCGCAGGCGCCGGUGGCCGCGUUUCUUCUGAUGCAUAUGCCCUCCGUACAGGCCUUCUGGUGCCUGGUCAGCAUUAGUGACAAAUACCUUAGUGGAUAUUAUAAUCCUGGCUUGGAGGUGCUCCAACGUGAUGGUGAUAUCCUUCACGCAUUACUCCGUCGGACAGCACCGGCUGUCCACCGACACUUGGUGAAACAUCGCGUGGAGCCAGUUCUUUACGCCACAGAAUGGUUUCUUUGCGCUCUAACGCGCACAUUGCCAUGGGACAGUUUGUUACGUGUGUGGGACUGCUUUUUGUGCGAGGGCGUUAAGGUCCUGUUCAAAGCGUCACUAGUGGUCCUAGCAGGAGCCCUAGGCCCCGCAAAAGUUCGAAAACGAGCGAAUGGCCUUUGCGAGACUCUAGAGGUUCUUCGUCACCCUCCGGACAGCGUACUUGGGGAGGAGUACCUCAUGUACCACAUGCAAAGGCUAAACCUAACUGAGGAAGACUUUGAGUUCGAGCACCAAAGGCAGACCGCGCGUCGGCGGGCCAUGGCUAAUAGAAGUGGUAGCUGAUUCAGCGAGUGUUCCUAUAAGCGUUAUUCUAAGAAUAACGCCAGGGACAUCUUUCAUACACUGUAAGGUGCUUGGACUAUGUGAUAGUGCGUGGGAGGACCAAAUCGAAUUGACUUGUAUAUAUGAAGUUUUGUAUUAUUAUCUAUGGUUACGUCUGUCAGGACUAUGCUCUAUGGCCGGAAUGAUUACGAUGUGAAAAAGUAUAUGUAUAUUGUCUUUUACGUAAUCUUAAGCUUUCGAGAUUUCGAAUUUACAUUUUUCUGUAUAUUUAAUAAUACUUUUCUUACGUUUUUCGUAUAUUAACUUUCGUAAUUAUUUUUCUACUCCAUAUUUCGUACAAAACAUCAUUUUAAUUAGAUAUUUAUUUGAACCACCACACUGCUACAAAUAAAAUGUUAAUAAUUUAUAAAUGAUUUUAAUAAUUCAUAGUAUUUUUUGUAUUAUUUCAAUUAACAUUGUUUGUUUCAAGUGUGUGGUGAUGGUUUAAAUGUAUUAUUCAGUACGGUAUGCCUCAUUAAAAGUAUUAACUGUUAGAUUAAUUUGCAAAAUAGCACAUUUAACUUAAACUCGCCUUGAACUAAAUGCGGAUUUUUCAUUAACAUCUCUUUAAGUUGAUAGAAAAGUCGAUUAACACUGCCUGACACAUUCCUAUAUUUUUAAAUCUGGUUUUAAAUGUGCUGUUUUAGCAUUAACUGUAAUGCACACAAUUUAAUUUAUGAUGUAUCUUUUUAGCUUAAAAAAAAUAUUUUCGUGUAAAUUAUAAGUUUAACGGAAUAAUAGAUAUCGAUUUUGUAAUGUAUUAAAAUUUUAUUAUUGUAAUAUUCGUGUUUAAUCAACAAUUAUUUCCAAUUUUCUUUGUGAAUUUUUGUAUUGGCAACACUUCCAUUGUCAUGUAAGUGUAAAUUAUAAUAAAAUGUGAUAAGUCGUUAUUUGAUUACAUAUCCAAUAUAGGAUGUUUGCAAGUGCAUUGUAUGUGACUUUGAAACAUCCUCUAUAACCAUUAUUUUGUCAUAUUAGUCGUAAGUGUUGAUAUAAAAAUAUAGGUAUAUGAAAGUACAAUUAGGUUAAUAUUUGUGUUAAUCGGUGAAACUAUUAAAUUAUGGUUACAGAGUAUUUAAAUAUGUUCCUUUGAUAGUUUCUUUUACACACACACACAAGUUUACUUAAAAAAAUACGAUUUAAAAGAGCAUUGAUUUGAAUACACUAAUAGUUAUUGAUAAAUGCCAAAAAUAUACAAAUCAUACUUUUGAUAGGCAUUUUGCCAGCAAAAGUUUCGCUAUAAAAUAAAGUUUAUACCCUGAUUUUGUGUAGCUUCAUCUUUCUUUUUUUAUUUUUGACCAACUUACUUUCACCGUAACUAUAGUUUCACCCGUUUACAUACGUUUUUUUAUAAUCUAUGGAAAAGGAUUUUGAUUCGCAAUAUGCUUUUUGUCUGUAUUAACUAAUUUAGUGAAUUUGCGUAUCAUUUAAAUUAAUUUGCACAAAAAUAAAUACAAUCGUGUUCUUAGAUAUGUGCAUUCAAAGAGGGAUUUCUUUUCAUAUUUUCUAUGAUAUGGUUUUGGAAAUCUUAAGUAUAGACUGUUGAAUGAAAUUUUUACAUUUCAUUUAUGGAUUAAUAAUCUAUGUUUGUAGGGAUUAAACAUUACUGUUUUUUUAAUUUAAAAAAGUUUAGUAAUUUUAUUAUGUUUUGUGUGUAAAUAAAAAAAAUAAAGUAUUAAAAUUUCAUUCAAUGGGUCGUUAAUCUCCGCACAAUCGAAUGCAGGCUAUGAUUUGAUUAAGUUUCGUGCAUAAUGUUUUUUCUAAAUAAUUUAUUUUCUUGGUGCGGUUGGUUUGUUUUCUACUUAAUAACCGGUACCUUUGUAUCUUUUUCGUAUUUUUAAGAUAUUUAAUAUCGAAUAAAGACAUUUCGGGAAGUUCAGCAUAAUAUAGUUUCGAGUGAACAAGAUCCGUGCAAUAAUAUCAGAGAUUUUAUUGUUUAUGAAGAAAGAUUUUUAUUUAAUGUUACGAUAUAGGUUUAGUAGCCUCUUAUAGCAGCUUCAUACUUAUAUCAUUAGAUUUAUUGAGAAGAUUUCAUACACGUAAAAAUUAAGUGUCUGUGGACGUCAUGAAAUUAAAUAUUUAAAGGCGCAAAUGUUUAGCGAAAUGUAAUGUUCAAUAGUAAAUUAACGUACGCACACCCAAUCCUAUUUUCAUACCGUGUAAUCUUAAAUAUAUUCAUAUUAAAUUUCAUACUACUGACUGAGCUAAACGAUGGUCGCUGUGAAGUUGGCAUAAAUACUUUUUGGUGGUUUAUUCAGUGACAUUGCAGCGACCAUUGAAAGACUGAAAAUAAAGUAUAUCUACUUAGACUAAUACCAGGAUUCGAAUUGGGUCCUGAGCUUAUUAAUAAUUACGUUUUUAUUAAUUUGAAGGAUAAGCAGAUAUGCUUUAUACAUUUCAGUCUAGCUGUUAUUCCAUAAUCCAACGCAUUCCGUAUUUUCAGACUGUUUUAUAUUAGCCUUGUGAUGACUGAUUGCAAUGAAUAUUUUUGUACUGUGAAAUUCCAUGUUUGCAGUUGUAAAUAAAUAUUGUCGGUAA